AUGGCGGUCCUCGAGCGCAAUGGUAACCUGAACAUCUGGUGGUUCCCCAAAGAGUUCAGUCAGUCGCGCUACGGCGAAUACCAUCACAGUGGCACCAAUUCGUGUACUCUAAUCACGCUCAUCCUGGCCAAUAUGGUCGCGAAAGGGGGACGUGGAUUCUAUUGCCAAAGCAUGCAGGACCUGCCGCCGCGUACUGUCGACAUCUUCGCCGCAGCAAUCAACAAAGGCAACAGCGCCUACGCACAUCUCAUCACCGGGCAUGCGGGACAUGAUAGCGCCGUCCCUUUGCCGUCGUCGAGCAAUCAAAAUCUGAACAUACCGGACGCCUUGAAUGUGUUGAAGAGCCAGCCGCAGUUUCGCCUCAAGGAGUGGUUCUUCACACACAUGCAAGCUGAUCCGGAGCGUGAGACUGGCCGCACGAUUGCUUUGCGGCUAAUGCAGGCUCUAAAUAAUGGUGUGCAGCUAUUUAGGCGGGCGGGCAAAGUCAAUGAGCAUUUUCUUUUCGCCGCUAUGAUUUCCGACAAUCGAACUGUGCUGUUUGUUAUCGAAUUUCCGGCCAAUAUUAUCACCUUCUUCGAUUCGCAUCAGCAUGGACGCGACGCAGGUGCGGUGGUGGCGCAAUGCAGCUUUCGCGAUUUGUUCGAUAUGAUGAACUGGUUUGUGAAUAUGAAUAACGAGGUUUACUCCAGUCAACCGAGUAUAUAUGAAGUGUCAUUUCUUCUACCCGAUCCAUCGGGAUUGCCCACGCCCGAGAAGUCGGACAAAAGCGAAAUAUCCCACCACGUGAAAAGUGCAACACCGGCGAAGAAAAUGCAAAAGAAAUGA